GCAGGCGCGGAGGCGGAAGUGAGGGCACGGCCUGCCUGGCCAGCCGUCUAGGAAGCCGCCGCCGGUCGCCCAGCGGGAGCAUUCGGAGCCCCGCCAGACCGUCGCGAGUCAGCCCCGGAUGCCGGCGCGAUGCCUCUGUUCACUGCCAACCCGUUCGAGCAAGACGUGGAAAAAGCCACAAAUGAGUACAACACUACAGAAGACUGGAGUCUGAUUAUGGACAUCUGUGAUAGGGUUGGAAGCACUCCCAAUGGAGCAAAAGAUUGCCUAAAAGCCAUAAUGAAACGGGUAAACCAUAAGGUCCCUCAUGUUGCUCUUCAGGCAUUAACUCUUCUUGGGGCUUGCGUGGCAAACUGUGGAAAGAUAUUUCAUUUAGAAGUGUGUUCUCGUGAUUUUGCAACUGAAGUACGUGCUCUGAUAAAAAAUAAGGCUCAUCCUAAAGUAUGUGAAAAACUGAAAUCUCUAAUGGUGGAAUGGUCAGAGGAAUUCCAAAAGGACCCCCAAUGUAGUCUGAUAUCUGCAACUAUUAAAUCUAUGAAAGAAGAAGGAGUUACUUUUCCUUCAGCAGGUUCCCAGACUGUCUCCGCUGCUGCCAAAAACGGUACAUCAUUGAACAAAAACAAAGAGGAUGAAGACAUAGCGAAAGCUAUUGAGCUGUCCUUGCAAGAGCAGAAGCAGCAGUAUGUAGAGACAAAGUCUCUAUGUCCACCUGCAGAGACGCAGUUAAAUAACAAGGCUGUGCGGAGAGUCAGAGCACUGUACGACUUUGAAGCCGUGGAGGACAACGAGCUCACCUUUAAACACGGUGAAAUUAUUACUGUUUUGGAUGACAGUGAUGCCAACUGGUGGAAAGGAGAAAGUCACCGAGGAAUAGGACUCUUCCCCUCGAACUUUGUGACGACAAACUUAAACGUAGAGUCUGAGGCAGCAACGGUGGACAACUUGAAUGUAAUUGAUGAUGAUGUGGAGGAAAUUAAGAAAUCAGAGCCUGAGCCUGUUUAUAUAGAUGAGGAUAAAAUGGAUAGAGCCCUGCAGGUUCUCCAGAGUAUAGAUCCAAAGGAUUCAAAACCCGACUCCCAAGAUCUCUUGGACUUAGAAGAUAUUUGCCAACAGAUGGGUCCAAUGAUAGAUGAAAAGCUUGAAGAGAUUGAUAGGCGGCAUUCAGAACUGUCUGAGUUGAAUGUAAAGGUCUUGGAAGCUCUGGACCUAUAUAACAAAUUGGUGAAUGAGGUACCUGUCUAUUCAGUCUAUGCAAAGCUUCCUCCAGCACAUUACUCAUCUUCAUCCUCUGGGGUUCCAGUGCAGACAUAUCCAGUUCAGUCACAUGGUGGAAACUACCUGGGUCAUAGCAUUCACCAAGUGUCUGUUGCCCAGAGCUAUGGCCUAGGACCCGACCCUAUAGGCUCACUGAGAUCUCUGCCUCCAAAUAUGAACUCCUCAGUAACAACACACACUGUCCAGACUCCAUAUUUAAGCACUGGACAGGACACUGUUUCCAACCCUUCUUACAUGAACCAGAGCCCUCAUCUGCACUCAGCUGCUUACACACAGCCUGUGGGGAUGUCAGCAGAUGUGUCUUCUUACCAGAGCACAGCCUCGGGGCUGCCACAGCUGCCUGGCUUUCCAGUGGUAGCCCCUGCACCUCCGGCCGCACUGCCGCCAACAAGUUACCACCAGCAGCAGCAGCCUCUCCUUUAGAGACACACCUGGGCUGCUGGAAGUCUGCUUGGUGUGUCACGCAGCCCAGGGGAUUCUGGUCUGACAUACUCUAACUUUCCCCUCUCCAUUAAAAAGAACCAUGAAUAAUAAAGCACAAACCCCUACCUUACCCUGAAGGCCAUGAAAGGGUUUUUUUUUUUUUUCAGUCCAGUUCGCUCGAAGCUCAUCUUUUGAUCAGAGGCAGCUUAAAGAUGUUUCGGGUUAGUUUUGUUGAACUUUCGGGGCCCUCAGUGAGUAGCCUUAUAACACUACAGUGGUAUAAGAUAGCAGUGUGAGACAUUUUCUGUAAGGAAACCAUUGUUUGCUCUAAGAUGCGAUUUUUGAGGAGCACUAAGGACCUUUAAACAUUCUUGUCUGCAUUUUUUUCCGAAUUUCCCCCACCCUACUAUUUUAAAAGACGAGUGUCUUUUAGUGUAGGCCUUUAGCUUACCGUGCAUUUCCUUUGGGCUCCUUAAAUCACAGCUGUGUGGCCAGUACUGUCGGUUUGCUCGCAGUUAUGGUUAUGAUUGUCCACAGAAGCAAGAGCAUUUGGAAGGAACACAGUGUUUUCUGUUAUUAACAGUGAAAGCCAUGUGUCCUGUGGCAGCAGUGGCCCCAGGAGUGCCCCACACAAUGGCAGCCUUCCCUGAGGAAGGCAUUCUGUCCCGGUGUUUAGCAUUGUCACUGCUGACAUUGUCAAGUGACUUGGAUGUCUCCUGAAGGUGCUGUCCUUUGGCUUUCCUUCCUGCGAAGUCCUGCACUUCCUUCUUAGGGAUUAUCAGUGAACUUGAGCCAGGAGACUUACUUCAUAAUCUGAUGGGAUAGAAAGCGUCAUGGCUCUGAAGUGUGAGGUGGGCGUGUUGCCUUCUUACAGAAGUGAUUGACAUUCCAUGGUAAGCUGUCAUCAUGCCAAGCUCUUGGAAGAAAUGUGCAUUUCCUCAGCAGUAACUGUGAACCUCUGCAGUAACAGCAGGCAGUGGUUUGGUAGAAAGGGACAGGAGAGCUAAAGACUGUCUUUCUGAAGUCCAGUUUGAAAUUAGUGCAUAGUGCAAGAUCCCACAUACUGUGGGAGCUGGUGAUAACCUGAUAAAACUACCUAUUGUACCAACUUUUUACAUAACAACAAACUAGAAAACAUAGAUGCACAUGCUUCAGAUACAUGAUAUUUAGAGUUCAAAAAUGUUCCAAGCUUAAUUUUUUUUUAAAAGUUAAAUCUUGCGUGAAUACACUUCUCUAUAUAUUUUUAAGCAAUUAAUCUUUGUAUUAAAACUCCAUUGGAAGACAAUUUGGAAAUUUUGUCAUUUAUCUAUUCAUGAAUAUUUGAUAACAAUUAUGUUCUUUUUUCAAAGAAACUUUAUUCUAGAACAUGCUACUGCAUAAAAUGGCCAACACUGAAGAGAACUGUCGGUCCCUGCAAGCCUGUGUUCUGUGAGGGUCUGUUUCAGUACAAGAGACUGGAAAGAGUUUCAGCCUUUCUGUAGCAUUUCCUUUCGGGUGAAUUUAUUAUGUACUUACAAGAAUGUACUGCAACAUGGCACCUUACUUUUCUGGAAAAAAAAAAUCUUCUGUUCUUUAAAAAUUAAGGAAAUAAAUUUAAAAGAAUCCAGAGCUGCUCUUGAAAACGUUUGCAUACAUGGACACAUCUUACCUUUCUCUUCUGAACUGUGUGUAAUAAGCUCAUCUUAAUAUUUGUGCAUCUCGUGUUUAGUUCUUGUCUAAAUUAUAAAAGCUUUAUUCAGUGGAAGCUUUUCAAUCAGUGUAAAUACUGUGUAUUCACUAAAUGGGGACUGGCCAGUAGAGCUCAGAUGCUUUGGAAUAAUAAGACAUGCAACAUGAUCUGUAUUUAAAUAGUAUAUAUUGGUGUCUGUGAAGUUUAAUAUAUGCAGAAGUUUCUUCCUCCUCAAAAUAAUUUUAUUUUUUCCGUUCAUAAAUUUGUGUAGCAGAGUUAUUGAUAGCAUAAAAUGAAAUUAAAUCUGUAUUGAUCUGGUUUCAGUAUUAGUACAAAAUGUAAAGAUAUAUUUUUUCUUCCCAUGAUCCUAUGAACUGUACUUAUUUUAAGAUGUUUGUAGUUAUUUAUUUUCUGCCAAAGGAAUAAUCUACCUUCACAUUUCUACAUUGGGUUCAUAUUUAAUGUUUCUAACAAAAAUUUAAAUUUUGUUUUUCAUAUAAAUCUUGAUAUAUUAGAAAGAUCCUUAAAAAUAGCAUUUAUGAUAUAAGACAUCCCCUGAAUGUUAAAGUGGGAUAUAUUUGAAAAAUGAACAGCCAGCCAACAUUCUUUUUACUUGGUAAUUUGUUUACAAAAUUACCUACAUGUUAUCUUUUUACAUAGCAUUUAAAAUGUUUUUCCAUUAUGCUAUUUCAAGUACUUGAUAUCUGACUAAUGAUUGUACUGUACCCUGAAGAUGACAAUAAAGUUUCAUCCAAUCCACAUUUUGAAAAAAAAUCUGGCCUAGGGAUGUAACUCAAUGGUAGAGUUUGCUCUUCACAUGUGGAGGGCUCUAAGUUUUAUCCCUAACAUUGCAAAAUGGGCAAAGAUGGCCUUAGACAUCCUUCUCUCUUUUAAAAAGUAUAGGUGUUUUAUGUAUAUAGGUGCUUUGUCU